GUCAUUUCCGGUCUCAUUUCCUUAUUGUGCUGAAAGAGCUUCAGCUGCUGCAGAAAUUAAACUGAAUAUAUACAAUCCUUGAUAAUGAACAAGAAGGGGAAUCAGGUGUCUGAGAGAAUCUUGAGUAUCACCUUGGAGAUCAUCUACCUGCUGACUGGAGAGGAUCAUGUGGUUGUGAAGAAGCCCAGUGACCAUAUCUCAUCCAAGAGCAUUCCCCUUGUAAAGGAAGGAUCCUGUGGGACCCGGAACUCCAGCACCAUGCUGCCACCUACCUCCAUGAUUCAUGAGGGAAAACAUGAUCAGAAGAUCCUGGAACUGACCAAUCAGAUCAUUGAGCUGCUGACUGGAGAGGUUCCUGUAAGGUGUGAGGAUGUCACUGUCUAUUUCUCUAUGGAGGAGUGGGAGUAUAUAGAAGCACACAAGGAUCUCUACAAGGACGUGAUGAUGGAGAACUACCAACUGCUCCACGCACUAGGAGAUAAAUCUGUACCUGAUGGAUCCACUGUUUCUUGGCUCCGUUUUAGAACCAGAGAUGUAUCUGUACAUGAAAACAAUAAUGGGCGAAUAUCUUUGAUAACGAGUAAGCCAAUGAAAUCACAAAUUAAAUCUGUGACAUGUGUGUCAAGAGUAUCUCCAUCAUGUCAUGAAAUAUAUACACCCACAGAACAUCCACAGAUCGAAUAUCAAUCUCCACAUAUUAAGGAGGAAUUAGCUUUGUGUGAAGAAGAAAUUUGUAUGGACAUGUACAUAGCGUCAGAACAACCAUCAAUUCUUAUCAAGGAGAAGUCAGCCUUAAAUGAAAAAGGAAAUCUCAUGGACAUUCCUAAACCCACGGACCAUCCACAGACAGAAUAUACAUCUACUCAUAUUAAGGAGGAACCAGCCUCAAGUGAAGAUGGCAAUCUCACAGACAUUUAUACACCAACAGAAUAUCCAUCUACUCAUAUCAUGGAGGUGUCAGCUGAGUGUGGAAGAGCAACACUAGAUGCUGAUAAUUAUACUCUUACAGAAUAUCCACAUACAGAGGAUACAUUUCCUUAUAUUGGAGGCCGCAUAAAUUCACUGAAAUUGCCUUCUUACAAAUCCACAAUUGAAUCUAGCAAAGCUAAUACAUUUAUUAAUUAUAAAACAGCUAAAUCUCCCAAUAGCGCAUAUAGCAGUGAAGGAAUAGUUAACUGGCCUGAGUAUUCACCCAGUUUUAAUAGUCAUUUAGAGAUUGUCAAACAGUCUGUUCGCAGAAAAAACGAGAUGGCAUCUUCUGAAAUGGGAAAAAAUUUCUUUUCAAAGUCUGACUUUGUUAUACAUGGAGCAGAUUGCAUAGGUGAGAAACCGUUAUCAUUUUCUGAAUUUGGGCAGAAUUUUACUCCGGAGUCGAAUUUGGUUAUUCACCAAAUAAUGAACACAGGGGAAAAACCAUUUAAAUGCAAUGAAUGUGGGAAAUGUUUUACACGAGCUGCAAAUCUUAUCUCGCACAAAAGGAUUCACACAGGAGAAAAACCCUUUAAAUGUAAUGAAUGUGGGAAAAGUUUCACUCAAGCUCAACAUCUCACUUCACAUAAAAUGAUUCACACAGGAGAAAAACCAUUUAAAUGCACUGUUUGUGGAAAAUGCUUUAAACGAUCUGCACAUCUUGCUACUCAUAAAAUGACACACACGGGAGAAAAACCAUUUAAGUGCAAUGAAUGUGGGAAAUGUUUUACCCGUGCUGAAAAUCUUGCUUCACACAAAAGGAUUCACACAGGAGAAAAACCAUUUAAGUGCAAUGAGUGUGGGAAAGGGUUUACAGAGCGUUCAAAGCUUGCUCCUCAUAAAAGGAUUCACACAGGAGAAAGACCAUUCAAAUGUGCAGAGUGUGGGAAAAGUUUUACCCGGGCAUCAAACCUUGCUUCACAUAAAAUGAUUCACAGAAGGAAAAACAGAAAAAACACCUUCUCGUGUUCUGAAUGUGGUCGAGGUUUUACGGACCACUUUUCAUAUAUUGGACACAUGAUGAUUCAUACAAACAAGAAGUGCAAGAAGUUAACUGGUGCUUAUAAUAACAAGCCUAUUAUAAUGAAAGGCUUGAAUUACAUGAUUGUGAAGAAGCCCAGUGACUAUAUCCCACCCAGCAGCAGUCCCCUUGUAUCAGAAGGAUCCUGCAUGAAUCAGAGCCUGCACACCGUACCUCCACCUUCCUCCCUGAUCCAUGAUCAGAAGAUCCUGGACCUGACCAAUCAGAUCAUUGAACUGUUGACUGGAGAGGUUCCUGUAAGGUAUGAGGAUGUCACUGUCCAUUUCUCCAUGCAGGAGUGGGAGUAUAUAGAAGGACACAAGGAUCUCUACAAGGACAUGAUGAUGGAGAACGACCAUCAUCUCAGAUCACUGGAGGAAUCUGUACCUGACAUAUUUCAAACCACAGUGUUGGUGACCAGUUUUGAUACCAAAGAGGAAAAUGUUAAUAAAACCAUGGAUGGAGGAAAAUCUCUGAAAGCCAACAAACCAAAGGAAUGUCUGACUAAAUCUGUAACGUUCUUGUCACAAAAAUCAACAUCAUGUGAAGAAGGGAAUAUCAGAGACAUAUCUAUACAGAACCCGCACACAAAGAAUACACAACACACACAGACAGAAUAUCCAUCUAUUGAUAUUGUAGAGAUAUCAAGUGAGAGUGAUGAAGAAAAUCUCAUGGAAGCCGAUGAUAAUACUCUUAAAGAACAAUCAAAGAGAGAGGAUACAUGUACUUCGGACAUAUCCAUUCAGUCUAAAAAAACAUAUCAUUGUCAAACAGACAGAUGUCAUUAUACAUCACUCAAUACAUAUGGAAUAUUGAAUUUUUCUACGUUUUCACAAAAUUUUAAUAGUAACUUAGGCCUUGACAAAAAUCAGUCCUUUCACACAGACAACAAGAUGUCUUUAUCUGAAAAGCAAAAUGAUAGUUCAAAGUCUGUCCUGGUUUUACAUGAGAAGGGUGGCAGGGGAAAGAAACAAUUUCCAUGUUCUGAAUGCGGAAAAAUGUUCCCUCAGAAGAAAAAGCUUGUUAAACAUCAGCGGGUUCAUAGAGGAGCGAGGCAAUUUAAAUGCACCAUAUGUGGAAGAUGUUUUGCCCAGAAAGGGGCGCUUGCUAUACAUAAAAGGACCCACACCGGAGAAAAACCAUUUAAAUGUGAUCAAUGUGGCAGGUGUUUUGCUCAAGCUGCACAGCUUGCAUCACAUGCAAAGCGGUAUAAAGAAAAACCAUUUAUAUGUACUGAAUGUGGAAGAUGCUUUAAAGACAGGCGUGAUCUAAAUAAGCAUCAACUCAUUUACUCGUGUGAAAGACCAUUUAAAUGUCCUGAAUGUGGGAAAGGUUUUAAAACAUUUGGACAUCUUGAGGUCCAUAUAGUGACCCAUACAGGAGUAAAACCAUUUGAAUGUCCUGAAUGUGGGAAAGGUUUUAAAACAUUUGGGCAUCUUGAGGUCCAUAUAUUGACCCAUACAGGAGUAAAACCAUUUAAGUGCCCUGAAUGUGGGAAAGGUUUUAAAACAUUUGGACAUGUUGAGGUCCAUUUAUUGACCCAUACAGGAGUAAAACCAUUUAAAUGUGAAGAAUGUGGGAAAUGUUUUAACCAGCCAGGACAGCUCACUGCACAUAAAAGGAUUCACACCGGAGAAAAACCAUAUAAAUGUAGUGAAUGUGGGAAGUGUUUUAUCCAGGCAGGGUCCCUCACUUCACAUGAAAGGAUUCACACGGGAGAAAAACCUUAUAAAUGUAGUGAAUGUGGGAAAUGUUUUAUCCAGAUGUCACAGCUCGGUUCACAUAAGAGGAUUCACACAGGAGAAAGACCAUAUAAGUGUAGUGAAUGUGGGAAAUGUUUUAUCCAGGCAGGAGCCCUCUCUAAACAUAAAAGGAUUCACAAUCGAGAAAAAUAUAUAUAAAUGCACUGAAUAUGGGAAAUAUUUAUUUCCAGGUCCUCACGUUUUGUAGAACAUUAAAAUAAAAUUUACACACAGACAAUAAAAAUUGAAAUGGAUACAAUAUUCAAAAACUGACCCUCACUUUUUUUGUAAUGGAAAGAUAGUUUUAUAAAGAGACAAUCUAAACACCAGCACAACUUGAGCCUAAUAAAGCAGUUUUAGGGUGCAGAUAAUGCCCCUGCAGUCUUGCUUUUAAAUUCUUUGCCAUUUAAGAGUUAAAUCACUUUUGUUUCUGUUUAUUCAGCUCUAGCCACACCUCACCUGGCUGUGACUCACAUAGCCUACAUUAAGAAAAAUGUAUUUUCAAUCCAAUCUGACAACACAGUGUGUUUACUUUAAAAGUUCUCAUCUCCUGUUCUGUUAAUUGAACUUUAAUCACACACAGGGGCUCUUGUAGGCUCCUCGGAGGAGGU